GCUGAUAUUCUGACUUUUCUAAUAAUCUUGAAAAUGUCCACACACUUCGCAUAGAUUACGCUCUUAGAAACGGAUCCUGGCCGCAGUCCACAUCCCACACAGAACGGUGGGGCUUUGGGUUGGCAUCGAAAGAGCUUUGGGGGCAGACUUCACUUUCAGGGAAACAAGUCAUUUUUAUGUUGCUUCAUUGAUGUUCAGUUUUAGUGGUAUUUUAUAUGAUCUAUGGUUCAUUUUUCUGGACUGUAGAUUUUGGGGUAUGGAACCUCAAAAUUACUUGACAUGUCUUUGAGCUUAUGGAACAGGUAAGUGUUUAAUGAAGGGAUUAAGAUGGACUGAGAUUAAUUUAAAAAUGAGAGGGAAGAUUGGCCAUUCUGUCCAUCAAGGACCAGAACUGUAAGGAAGAGGUGGAGUCCAUUCUGUUUCCUGUCACUACUCACAGGAUCCAAAGACCUCAGAUUUUACACACACUGGUGGAAAAAAGCUGAGCAUUCGGAAGGAAUUCCAUAAAAUACUAAAAUACUGGGAGCUGAAUCCUCACGUCACCUCUUGGCAGAAUGCUCUGUGUGUGCAUCAUUCUGAGAGGUCCAGUAAAGCCUGCGAUUCAAUGGGGUGUAAUCGCAACCCUACCCCAAAAUCACAGUCUUACCCCCAGCCCCCCUUUUCGUGAUUACAACCCCGCCCUCCCCUUCUCGGUCUGAGAUCUCAAUCUGAACCACCCCCUCCCCACAUAGUGAAUUUUAUAAAACCUUUUUAUUUUAGUAUAACCAUUUUAAACUUCCGAUGGCGGUUCCUUGGAUGACUGAACCUGGGCUUGGGUCCCUGCAUCAAAACCUGUUGAAAACCCCUGUGUUAAGGAGUUCUGUUUAACACCAACAGAGGGCGCUAUUGCCUCGGAGCACUUCCUAAACGUGCAGAUUUCUUAUCGGUGUUGAAUACCCCCACACAGCUCACCCACUGAAUGUCAACAAAAGGUCAACAAAAUCCCAGAAAAUAAAAUAUUUGUGGUGCCCAAAUUAAAACUGAACUACAAGAGAAAAUAAAUCUAACAUUAUGUUUCAGAAUUAUGUUAUUCUGCGUCUCGGGUAGCUAAGAGAAACAUUUAAAGCAAUGAAAAAUAUAAACAUACUGGUAAAUGGAACUACAUGGAAAAAAGUUAUGGUGUCAUAGAAACACAUCUAGUUUCUAUGACAAACGUGAUGCCAGAAAGCCACUAAUUCACUGCCAUUUCUGAACUGUCUCCUGCUCACAUGAAUACAACUGUCAGGCUUCUGAGAAAGGUCACUGAACAAGUACUGUGAAGGUUGAAAUAAUAAUCAAAAAAAUUAUCAGGAGUUCCUUUGUUCUGGAAUGGGUAUAAAUACAGGCAGCAGCUGAAGGUUAUUCUCUCCAUUCUGAGGGACGUUAGGGUGAGUGGAGAGUCACAGCUGCUAAAACAUUCAAUUUCAGAGUUUUAGAUGAAUGUUACUUCCCAUUUUUAAAUAUUAUCUCUGGCUCUGACUAUCUGUACUUCCUGCAGGUGUCCAGUGUCUGUUGUGUGGAUUUUUGUUUGUCUGUAUUAAUCUAAUCUUCUUGGAUUCUGGCCUGUCUGUCUGUCUGGAGCUCAGCACUUUAGUAUUUUUCCUGGCACAAGGUGUGUUGGAUUUAUAGGACACCUGGUGAGCGGUUGCCAUGGCGCUGUUUGGGAAGGUUCUGGAACCGGUCGGGUACAUGCAGACCCUGCGGGGACUGGUCCAGAACAUCUGCUCCUACCUGGACGGCAACGACGCACCUGAGGAGCUGGACCUGGUCAAGAAGAACCUGGACCACAUCGACCAGGAGCUGAGUGAGGCGGGGCGGGGACUCCUGGCGGACGAGGAGGUGCACCGGCUGGAGGGGGACCUGGCGCUGGUGUACGGCCAGCUGGGGGCGCUGGUGAGGGCCGCGCCCGCCUGCACCAAGCGCGAGACGGAGGCCUUCCUGGAGUACGCGCGCGACCUGCGUCUGGAGAGGCAGCUGAUCGCCAUGCACGCCCGGCUGAUGGGCGUGGCCGCCCUGACCGCCCAGCCCACCCUGCUGGAGGAGCUGAUCCAGACCCGGAGGCCCAAACGCUGGGAGCUGCGCGAGUUCUGCGAGAAGGUGAACUUCGUGCUGGGGACGGGGCUGCUGUGCCUGUUCGUGCAGGCGUCCCUGACGGGGCGGGACCAGGCGCUGCUGAUGAAGGUUUGGGGCGAGCGCAUGGGGGCGCUCUACAGGAAGAUGAAGGCGACGGGGGCGCUGUGCUCGGGGUACUUCCUGGAGCAGGCGCGGGACGACGUGCGGCGCAUGUCCGGCGACGCCCAGCUGAGCGGCAGGCCCCCCGGGGAGCAGGCGGCCGCCAUCCUCAAAGCGCUGGAGAAGAACUACGACUGGAUGCGCUGGGCCGUCAUGGUGCACCCGCCCGGGGCAGGGGGCGGGGGCGGGGCGGGGGGUGAGGGUGCGGCCGGGGCCGGGGCUGAGCUCGGGGGUGGGGGCGGAGCUGAGCUCGAGUGGGCGGGGCCGAGCUCGGGGGCGGGGCCGAGCGGCGGGACAGCCUGCUGAGCGUGCCUCCGGAGCGGCCCGGUGGAGUGGCGGUGGUGGCCUGCUACCGGGACACGCCCACCUCCCUGGACAAGGGCCGCAUCCACCAGCUGAUCGUGGAGCUGGAGUGGAAGAUCCCCAACCCGCCGCCGGAGGUGUACGCCUCGCUGGAGGAGGAGCCGGAGCGGGCGGGGCGCUACCUGGCCGGGCGCAUGCUGCGCAAGCUGCGGGAGGGGCUGGGGGGGGGCGUGGUCGUGCACGUGGUCCCGGGACCCAUGGAGAUGCGCUGCAACUUUCCGCAGGCGUCCUUCUACCUGUACGAGUACAAGCACCGGCUGGCCUCCGGGACCGUGUGCGUGUUCGGCUAGGGCUGCGAGCGGGGGCGCUGCGGGGGGGCCACGCCCCUC